AUGAUCAAGUUCGACCCAAGACCCCCAAUCCUCGCCUCGGGCCUCCAGGAACUAGCGCUCAACGCCACCGUCUGCCUUGGCCAGCUUUUGUCCCAGGGCUCGAUUGCCAUGGCUUUAAGUACCAUGAAUGUCAUAUCAGAGUCGUUUUCACGCUUGCGUGGUGAAGACAUACCCCAGUCUCAACAGGUAUGGUUUAUGGGCUCGUACGCCUUGACUUUGGGCACGUUUAUCUUGGUUUCGGGCCGUUUGGGCGACCUCUUUGGCCUUAAGAAGAUAUUCACUAUCGGCUGGUUCUGGGCCACGUUGUGGUGCCUUAUUACUGGUCUCUCUUACUACUCGCAUUCCUCGGAGUUCUUUAUAGUAUGCCGUGCUUUCCAAGGUAUAGGCUUUGCGUUGAUCUUGCCUUGCGGAAUGGGCAUUUUGGGUACGGUUUAUCCCAAUGGAAAACGUAAGAACUUGGCAUUUGGCUGUGUGGGUGCUGCUGCUCCUGCUGGCGCUACUAUUGGCUGUCUUAUGGCUGGUGUGGUGGCCCAGACAUGGUGGUGGCCCUGGGCUUUUUGGCUUCUUAGCAUUACAUGCUUUCUUCUUGGCUGCCUUGCGCUUUAUGCUAUUCCCGAGGGCUUCGAACAUAAACAGCCUACGUUGAAGGAAGCGUACGAGAAGUUUGACCUUAUUGGUUCUGUUCUCGGUAUCGUGGCUCUUAUUUUAUUUAAUUUUGUCUGGAACCAGGGCCCCGUGGAUGGCUGGCUGUCGGCAUAUAUUAUUGUGCUUUUGGUGGUUAGUGUGUUGCUUAUAGCAUUGUUCUUCUUUUACGAGCUUCACAUGGCCAAACAUCCCCUUUUACCUCGAGGCAUCUUUACUUUCCGUGUGGGUCUUGUGCUUUCAUGCAUGGGUCUCGGCUGGGGCCUGUUUGGUGUCUGGCAGUACUACUACUGGAGCUUUAUGUUGAACUUGAGAGAGUAUACACCUAUUAAUACCGCUUUAACUUAUAUACCGCUUCUUGUGUUGGGUGUUUUUGCGGCACUUAUCGUUGGGUUCUUUAUUUCAAAGAGAAACGCCCCGUACAUCAUCUUUUUUGCCAUGGUUGGGUUCAUGUGUGGUCUCAUUUUCCUUAGUAUCCUUCCUAUUGACCAAACCUUCUGGCGUCUUUCGUUUGGCCAGAUGUUCUUGUUGACCUGGGGAAUGGAUUUCUCGUUCCCAGCUGCAUCUUUAAUUUUAUCUGACUUCUUGCCAAAGGAGCAUCAAGGCAUGGCCGGGUCGUUGGUUAAUACCGUGGUCAACUACUCCGUCUCCUUAUUUUUGGCCAUAGGAAGUACCGUCGAAAUUGAGGUUUUCGAAAAAACUAAUGAUACCUUACAAAGCUACAGAGCUGCUGCCUACUUUGGUACAGGCAUAGCAGCCUUGUCUGUGGUGAUUUCCAUUAUAUUUAUUUUCACAGAGCACGGCAACGACUCUUUACCUGAGUACCACAGCGACGAGGUCAAAGAAUCGAGCAGUAACGAGUCGACUUGA